AAAAUCCUUACAGUCGCCAUGAUACAGCAGCGGAAACGGGUGAGAAGUAGCUAGAAAACAAAAGAGAACACGCAGUCGUCCUCGCGAUUUGGUAUGCUCUUGCAGUGUGACAGGAAUGCCCAAGGAAAAAUAUGACCCGCCGGAUCCCAGGCGGAUGUACACAAUUAUGUCCAGCGAGGAGGCAGCAAAUGGGAAGAAGUCAUACUGGGCUGAGCUGGAAAUCAGUGGCAGAGUAAGGAGUCUCAGCACAGCCCUGUGGUCUCUGACCCACCUCACUGCCCUGCACCUCAGUGACAACUCACUGUCACGCAUCCCGCCAGACAUUGCCAAACUACACAACCUGGUGUACCUGGAUCUCUCAUCCAAUAAGAUCAGGAGCCUGCCGGCAGAGCUCGGCAACAUGGUGUCUCUCAGGGAACUGCUUUUAAAUAACAACCAGUUGCGGGUUCUGCCAUUUGAAUUGGGGAAACUGUUUCAGUUACAAACACUGGGGUUGAAAGGAAACCCACUUGCACAAGAAAUUCUGAGCCUCUACCAGGAACCUGAUGGCACGCGGAGGCUGCUGAGCUACUUGUUAGACAAUCUGGCGGGGGCUAUAAAGCGCAUGCCAACAGAACAACCCCCAUCCCGGUCGUGGAUUACACUCCAGGAAUCUGAUCGAGCACGGCCCUCGGCAUUGUUCUCUGUGAUGUGCUACAAUGUGCUGUGUGAUAAGUAUGCCACACGUCAGCUAUAUGGCUAUUGCCCCACUUGGGCUCUAAACUGGGAGUACAGGAAAAAAUCCAUCAUGCAGGAGAUCAUGGGCUGCAAUGCAGAUAUCAUCAGCUUGCAGGAAGUUGAGACAGAGCAGUACUACAAUUUCUUCUUGCCAGAGCUGAAGGAGCAAGGAUACGACGGGUUCUUCAGUCCAAAGUCACGAGCCAGAACUAUGUCUGAGUCGGAUCGAAAGCACGUGGAUGGAUGUGCAAUUUUUUACAGGACAGAAAAGUUCAGUGCAGUGCAGAAGCACACAGUGGAGUUUAACCAGCUGGCCAUGGCUAACUCCGAGGGCUCAGAGGCUAUGCUGAACAGGGUGAUGACAAAGGAUAACAUUGGUGUAGCUGUACUGCUUGAAGUCCGCAAAGAGAUGAUGGAGCUCUCCUCUGGUAAGUCUCUCCAUGGCAUGGAAAAGCAGCUGCUCCUUGUAGCCAAUGCUCACAUGCACUGGGACCCAGAGUAUUCUGAUGUCAAGCUUGUCCAGACCAUGAUGUUCCUGUCAGAGGUGAAAAGCAUAGUGGAUAAGGCCACACGCAGCCUCAAGUUGUCCUCUGCCUCUGGCGAGACUAAUGCCAUUCCACUGGUGCUGUGCGCUGACCUCAACUCCUUGCCUGACUCGGGCGUAGUGGAGUACCUGAGUACUGGUGGAGUGGACUGCACCCAUAAGGACUUCAAGGAGCUCCGUUACAGCGACUGUCUGACCAGAUUCAAUUGCAAUGGCAAGAACAGCACGUCCAAUGGCAGGAUCACCCACGGCUUCAAGUUAAAGAGCGCCUAUGAGAACGGCCUGAUGCCUUAUACCAACUACACCUUCGAUUUUAAGGGUGUCAUCGACUAUAUUUUCUACUCGAAGCCUCACCUGAACGUGCUGGGUAUCUUGGGCCCUUUGGACCACCACUGGCUUGUAGAGAACAAUGUCAGCGGCUGCCCACAUCCACACAUCCCCUCUGACCACUUCUCCCUCUUUGCUCAGCUGGAGUUGCUCCUGCCCAACGUGCCCCCCCAGGUGAAUGGGCUCCAUCUGCCGACACGCAGGUAGUGAGACCCUGCCUAACCACCAGGGGGAGCCUCUCCCUCUCAACCCUCCUCCUUCCUCCCACUACCAGCUCUUCCCUCCACCAAACUGAAGGAGGAAGACAUAAAAACACAACCUGUAAAAUAUUCAUACAGUGAGGUCUGGCUGACAGGGAUUUCGUAUAAUGUUAUAGAUAUUCUAUAUUUUUCUUUUUUUUUUUUUUUUUUUUUUUUUUGUUUUGUUUUGUUUUUUUAACUGCUCAAUUCAGUCCUGUUCGUGUACCAUAUUUUGUGUUUUUGGACUCCCUUUGUUCUCAAAAUCCACCAACCCUACACACUUCGCUUCUGUCUUUUAAAAUAAGAAGGGAUGGUAGCUCAUUCAUAUUUGUCACUUAGGGCACUGUUUGGUUUAAGAGUGAGGGGGGGAUACUUUUUUUUUUUUUUUUUGUUUGUUUGUUUGGCUGAAGGAAAUGACUUUCCACUGAAGAGCUCCAUAGCUGAUGGUCUGCAUGUCUGUCUGUCCUGUAUAAACCUGAAACCAGCAAAGACAGCAGACUUGUCAGUCUCAAUACUCCAUCCUUUGCUUGUGCUAGUUCUCCCCUACACUUUGGGCAGCCAGCUUACAUGAUCGGUUUUCUAGGAUACACACAUUUGUUGAGGCAGAUGUGUUGGGAUUAGAGCAGCUUUUUGCUGGUAGUUUAAGUAUCCCAGGAGGCGGAUGUAGCGCAGCUCGUAUGAGGUGAGAUUUCCUGCUGUCAUUCUGUGGUGCUGAGGCCUUUUGUGUGGUCAUGGCCUCCCGUGGUGCUACAAGAUAGUCUACACCUCUGACCCUGGACCUGGUACUGCUACCAAAAUCCACAGAUGCCUAGAAAACAAGAAUCCCGAGUUUAGGUUUGAUGAUUCACACAGACUGUGUGUAGUGCUGAAAAGCCACGAUGUGAAAAUUUGAUAGAUGCUACCAUCCUGUUUGCUGACAAUUUCACCCCAGCCUGUAUAGCUGUUAGGUUAGUCUUGUGCUUAGGAGCUCAUGUGGCCCAUGCGUCACCUUUUUGUUUUUAUUUUUUUGUUUUUGUUUUUUUUUUGACCAAGCGGUGAGGGGAUUUAGGCUGAUGGGCAAAGCGAUUGGGGAGUGGGGGCUAUUACCAAUAUUUGUCUUGAUUGCUUUUAGGCAGGGACAGCGAGUAAUGGCCGAUACACGGGAAUAAAACCAGCAUUCCUCUCACUGUCAGGAGUUGCCAUCCAGCUCCACACAUGCCACACACACACACAUACACAGACAAACAAAAACACCACACAGGUAAUUUGCAGGCAGAUCUGUAGCACUGAGGCCAGUAGUGACUUUCCCCAGCCAUAAAUUCCAUACACAAAGCCGUGGUUUUUUUCACAAGUGUUUGUACAGAAUAGAAAUCUAGACUCAGUCUUUACAUGAUUGUAUAUGAACCACAAAAGACCUGUUUUCUGGCGUUUUUUUGUACGAAGAGUAAAUUAUGAUCAGAAAAAAAGAUUGUAUUGUAAACUAAGGCUAAAUUUUUAUCCAGUUAAUGUUGAGAUGAAUUGAUAUUACCAGCUUGUACAAAAGACGUAAGAAGAGAUUGUUCAAGGCGUUCGCUGUCACAACUUUGCACUUCCUUGAGAUUAACUGUAAUUAAUGCAUCGGUAUAUUUUUCCCCUUUCUCUCUGCAGUUUUUUUUAAUGAUUUGCUGGCAUUUGCUGAGAUGUAAAUAGACACUGAGUAAACUGUUGCUUCUUGCCCAUUAACAAAGCCAUUGAUCCACACCGCUGCCAUCACUUCUGACAAAAGGACACGCAAGGAUGAGUUGCAUCUGUUCAUUUCUAUAACUUGCUCAAUAGUGAUGUAACUGGCAAAACCUAUAUAAACCCCACAUAUAUGUACAUCGUGCCUCACUGUAGCAGUUGACGUUGUCUUGCACUAUUUACAUGCAACGAACGCCUGAACAACCUUUUCUCCUUUUAUUUUUAAAUACUGUUGAGACAUUUGUGAAGAUUUUAUGUCCUUUUUGGUUUUUGUUAAUUGUUUGUUUUCCUUUUUUAUGAGCUGUGACAAUGUUAUGAUGAUGUGUAUAUCCUUGCUAUUCAUUAAGCUCUCUAGUAAUCAGGUAUGCUUUCACUACCAACCCUUUCUCCUUUUCUUAGGAACAUGAGUAGGGUUUCCUGUCUUUAUAAAUCCGCUCAUGUUUUGCUCUCUUUUUACACAGCUCCAUGCCCAUGCCCCCAGAAACGCAUAGCCCCUAGCUUUCCCCUGCCCGGCCACAAUUGAAACCUCCCUAAGCCUGUCCAUCAACCUAACACCUCUCACCCUAAACUGCCCAUCUUGGACUUUAACCUUUCGACUAUCUUACACAAGCUGCAUCUUUUAAUCCCCUUUGCUCAACCACUUUGUAUAGUUUUCCUACCCUUAUUACUGCAGCUAUAGUGCCAUUUGUGGACCCUCCCCUCCCUCUAUAAUUUGGAAAGGGUUGAAGGUCCUCCUUUCUCCGCUAUUGGAUAAACAAGGGAUGAGGGUCAGCAAACUUAGGAUGGGCUAACCUGUUGCUUAUGAAUUUGAUACAUCUUUUUAAAAAAUGAAUUAAAUCUGUCACAAGCAAGAUGGCUACUCAAACAGUCACGCUUUUAUACAGAUGAGAAGCACUUAGUAGGUUCAUACGCAGCUCCCCUCACUCCCUUCCCUGCUGUAUUUGUAGUAAAGAUCUCAUUACGUUAAAUGCAUUGAAAUUCAGGUUUUAAAGCGAGAGGGAAGCACCUAAAUAAGAAGAAUAAAUUUGGUCCUCAUCUUUUUUUUUUUUAAUAAUUUUUUUUUUUUUUUUUUAAUGGAUGUGGGUUUUUUUUUGUUUUUUUUUUUUCUUCUUUCCUGAAUGGCAUUAGUAUUGUAGUAGAUUCAAAGGGUAGCUUUUUUUUUUUUUUAAAUAUUCUUUUUUUUUUUUGUAAAGUGUGAAUAAAAGAUGUAUCUCAUGUUUCCUUUCUUAACAGAUUGAAUUGUGUUUGUUGAUGUGUAAAUCAUGAAUUCUAUGAUGGUGUUAUGUUUGCUACGUUGUUUUUACUUAAACUCAAUUUUUCUUUCCCCGUUCGACUCAUCCCAUCACAAACCAAAUCCUCUGUAGAAAUCAUGAGACAUAGUCUUUGAUGGGUUGAUCAGAAGUUGAAUGUUCUGGAUAAUGCCUCCCACAGUGAAGGAUGGAGAGCUUACUGGUGGGGGUAAAAGGAAAAACAAAUCCCUGCAUCAUUGGUAACAGCACGACUUUGAGCACAGGGAUAUGCAGUUUUAAUUUUUUCUUCUUAUUUUACAUUUCAGCUUUAUUUUGGAUCUUGCAUGGCACUAGCAGGAGAGUGCUAGUGCUUGUAGGUUAGGGCAGCAGAGCUGUCUUCUAGUGGCUGCAGUUCAGUACUAGAAAACACCUUUUUUUUUUUUUUUUUUUUUUUUUUUUUUUUCUUUCUCUUUCUGUGUCUUUCGAUUCUUUUGUGAGAGGUGUAAAACAUGUUAAGCUAAUGAUGUGCCGCUAGACUGGUCCUGUGAUGAUUUGAGUGCUACUAGUCUAUCUCAUUCUGUUCUCGUACAUCACAGUGGUUAAAUCUGUCAAACUAGUUAGCUACUAUUGACAAAAACGUCCUCUUCAUCAUUUCUCGUUAAACCACAGAUGGCUUCAGACUGAAUCUUGUCAAAUCAAAGCUGAGUUGUGACACCCUGUAAGCCCCAGUGACUAAUCACUUUUUUGGCUUUUCCUUUUUCUUCCUUACAUUGUUUCAUUUUUAGGUGUAAAGAGAUUUUAAGUUUUUUCCCCUGUAUUUUUUUUUUUUUUUUUUCUAACCUUCUCCCCAGGCUGCGUCUCUUUGCAUGGGUGCACACCAAAGCUGCUCGUAGUUCAGUUCUCCAGUCUAGAUCCAGUUCAGGGUUCUUUUUUUCUCUUUCUUUUAAUCCAGCUCAUAGUUUUCAUGAAAUGUAGGGCUGUAAGGAAAACAAAGCACUUUUAUCCUUUUCCUGAACCACAUAUUCACCCGUUUUCAUGCUGUAGUUUGAGUUCUCAACCUGACGGCUCAUUUCAGAUGCAUCCCUUCUUUUUUUUUUUUUUUUUUUUUUUUUUUGUCCUAAAAACUUGGCAAUAAUACCCAGAAACAUUCAAACACAUUCAGAUUUUCUUUAAAUGUUUACCUGGAAUAUGUAGCUAUUUCAUCUUUCACAGUGUGGUUGUUUAAUUAUUUUUAAAACUCCCAUCUUUACCCUUCCAGGUUACCUGAACAGCAUUUUUCUUCUUUUAUCAUCCAUCUUGUAUAUUUACUCAUCUCCUUCUCCCUGCCAAUUUAGUGGUAGUUGUUCAAUGAUCAGGAUUGUCUAUCUGUAGUCAGCUGAGUACAUAUAUUGAUCUGUGUCACUGUGUUUAUGCACUGGACCAACUAUUGUUUACCAUUCAUGAAAUACCAGCAAAAAAAGGAGAAAAAAAAAGACAAAAACACUUGCACAAUGUUGUAGAAUGUCCAUUAACCCAGAUGAGAAAUCAAGGCAGCUGUUUUCAAAUCAACACAUACUGUUUUAAAAUGAAACUGAAUGGUAAACAAUGCUUUCCGUUGUACCCCCUUAGCCGUCCUCUCAAUUCUCUUUGGACUAGUUUUUAUUAUUUUUCGUUUCUUUUAUUUUUAUUUUUUCUUUGACUACAGGUUCUGCUCGUUUCCUUUACACCUACCUAUGUAUUUUCCUACUUCUGGUUGAAAAUAAAUUCUGUAUUAUCUGUUUCAAGCCGUGUCACCUCUUAUUCUUUGCAAUGGAUAUUGGAAAAUAAAUUCUAUAUCUGUU